UCAUCCCUAGUACUCUGAACCCUCACCAAUGGAAGCAAAUAAGCCCUAUCUGGUUGUCCUCAUAGUUCAAGCAAUUUAUGCCGGCAUGUUCCUUCUCUCCAAAGCUGCCUUCGACCACGGCAUGAACAAUUUCAUCUUCGUCUUCUACAGACAGGCCGCUGCCACUGUCUUCCUCGCCCCGUUCGCUUUCUUCUUCGAACGGAAAACUGCACCGCCUCUGCCAUUCGUGACCUUCUGCAAGAUAUUCUUUCUUUCGUUCUUGGGGAUAACCAUGAGCUUGGACAUUUAUGGGAUUGCCCUUAUUUACACGUCUGCAACUUUAGCUGCUGCUACUACUAACUGCCUUCCCGUCAUCACUUUUUUCUUGGCCCUUCUCCUCAGGAUUGAAAGUCUGAAAGUGAAAACAGCACCUGGGGUUGCAAAGUUGGUGGGUAUAGUGGCAUGUUUGGGUGGUGCGGCAAUCCUUGCCUUUUACAAAGGACCUCACUGGCAACUUUUGGGGCAUCAUCACCUUUUGGGGUAUUCUCAUUCUAAUGCACAAGCACAGCACGGUGUUCCAUCUGGCACCUGGAUAAAGGGUUGCUUCCUCAUGCUCCUCUCCAACACCUGUUGGGGGCUAUGGCUCGUACUUCAGGCCUUUGUCAUAAAAGGGUACCCUUCAAAGUUGCUCAUCACAACCCUGCAGUGCUUCUUAAGCUCAAUUCAGUCUUUUGCCAUCGCCUUUGCCGUAGAAAGGGACGUUCAGCAAUGGAAGCUGGGUUGGAAUGUCCGACUCCUUGCCGUGGCUUACUGCGGAAUAGUGGUGACGGGGGUGACAUUUUACAUGCAAGCAUGGGUUAUAGAGAAGAAAGGACCAGUGUUUUUGUCCAUGUCGACUCCGCUGGCUCUCAUCAUCACCAUUUUCUCAUCAGCAAUUCUGUUAGGCGAGGUCAUGAGUUUAGGGAGCCUAUUAGGAGGGUUGAUAUUGGUGAUAGGACUAUACAGUGUGCUGUGGGGAAAGAGCAGAGAGCAAAUGCCCAAAGCCUCACGUGACUUAGAGGUGGCAUCGGUGUGUGAUCGUACUACAACGGCGGGGCCGGCCGCCGGACCUGUAUGUGUGUAAAUGUACAUGUAUCGAUCCAAAAACCCUACCUGGGCAGAAAAUGUACUGUGGUUUUCUCUCAAAGGGGCGAAUUUGGAAUAUUAUCGCCGAGUUCUGUCGCCGUCAUGCCUGGUGAAGCUCAUGUAGUACAGGCAAGUCAUUUGACAUGGAGGCAUCUCAAGUGAAAGCCCUUCAAAUUCUCGCCUUAAUUUGUAUACAAUUUUAGUCAGUUUUAUUUUGUCGUUGAUUUAGCAAUUUUUUUAUGUUUCAUCUUACUUAGUUUGUAUUUGGAUUCAAAAGGUCGCAACAACCUGAUCUGAUUGUAACCAUAUAUAUAUA